AUGGAGAACUUCCCUUACUACCGGUACCAUCGUCAGGGCUGGCAGAACUCCAUUCGGCACAAUCUGAGCCUGAAUGACUGCUUCGUGAAGUUGGGAAGAGACAAGUCACACCCGGGAAAGGGUAACUACUGGACCGUAACCACGGGCGCUGACGACAUGUUUGAGCACGGUAACUACCGUCGUCGAAAGCGAAGAUCCAGAGUCACGGUGAAGACGACCCAAGAGCAGCAGGACGCGAAGAAACGAAGUCAACUGCCACAGCCACCGCCGACGCAUCAGUUGGUACUUCCACUGGCAGACCAGGCGUUGGCUCAUCAAACAACGCCUACUCCCUACCCCGUGUUCAUCCCCAUAUCGAUUCCCAUUCCUCCGCUUGGGUUUCAAGCGACCUCCCCUCCUCAAUCUACCCCGAUGUCCCAGAUGCCACCCCCGUUGCCAGCACAGUCGCAUCCUCAACCCCCACCGCCCACGACGACUCCACAGGCCCAGGCAACCAAUCAGCGAGAAGGUCACACAAGGAACAGUUUCUCGAUCGCCUCGCUGAUUGGUCUGACCUAG